AUGGCCCUACAUGGUCACUAUCAGGGUAAGUUGUGCCAUCGGGAGAUUGAUCUUUUAGAGGCUCUUCCUCAUCCCGUGUCUGAAAAGCGCAUGCGAGAGCUUGUUGGAUUGCCCUCGGUAGAAAGGGGAAAUUCUGGCUCUAGUGGACCUGCUUCGCCUUCCCAGCCAGCUGUUGGGGUAGUUUCCCUAAUUCGUUCACCGGUUCUAGCUUUUUCUAGUUUGCAUGCGAGAGUACAGGCGGAAAAAGAUGAGGAAAAUAAAUCCGAUGAUGCGGGUCUCCAUCCUCGUAAGGUGCGUAGGACUGUAUCUGUGGCCAGGCUCCUUAGUGGUAUCGAGGGUGUUCUUGGUGGGGUGUACUGGGCUCACCUGGAAGAUCUUUCCAGCCGGGGAAGCCUUCCCCGGUUGGCGAACUAG